AUGGCAGAGAACGCAGUCGACAUCACGGCGCUCACGGAGGAGCAGCAGCUCGCUCUGCAACAAUUCACUUCAGUGACUGACCAGGAGCUCGAGGCGGCAGUUCCGCUGCUGCGCAAGUGCCAGUGGAAUGCGCAGAUUGCCAUAACGCGAUUCUUUGAUGGUGAUGCGGAAACGGUGGACCCGGCAGAGGAGGCCGCACGCGCUCAGCCUSCGCCGCCGGAGGAUCGGCGGAGGACAGAGGCUUUGAUGGAUGGCAUACCCACGAGAUCGACGUCGAGACGAGUGCCGGGGUUGGAGCCUGCACCACGGGUUGUGCCCACCCCGGAGAGCCAGAUGACGCAGACGCUGCCCUUUCCGUUCUCAAUCAUCUUGUUGCCGUUCAACCUCACAUACACCAUCUUUCAGCGGGUGUUGGGCGCCGUUGGCUAUCUGUUCCCUUUCCUCCCGCGGCUGCUGGCACGCGUCUGGUCUGGCCGAGCUUCACAGCCCUCGCGAGAUUCAGGACGAAGGCCGCUAGCACCCCGAGAUACCGCAGCCCGUUUCAUCAGGGAGUUUGAGGAGGAGCAUGGUGUAACUCACGGGACAUUGCCCUUCUACGAGGGCGGGUAUGCGCAGGCGUUCGAUGUUGCAAAGCGAGAUCUCAAGUGGCUAGUAGUAGUGCUUUUAUCUCCAGAGCACGAUGAUACAUCGGUCUUCGUUCGCGAGACACUCCUCUCCCCCGAGUUUACCAACUUCGUCAAGAAUGACAGCAACAACCUUCUCCUAUGGGCCGGCACAGUACAAGACGCAGAGGCAUAUCAGGUCAGCACUGCACUCAAUGUGACACGCUUUCCAUACGUAGCUAUCAUCGUGCACACGCCUACGGUCUCUGCUACCGCCAUGUCCAAAAUCGCGACUUGCACUGGCCCAAUAGCCGCCCGCGACCUCAUCUCCAAAUUGCAGACAGCGAUGCAGAAUCAGAGCCAGGAGCUAGAUCGCGUGCGCCGGCAGAGACAAGAGCAGCAAGCGACACGGAAUCUACGGCAAGAACAGGAGAGUGCGUACGAGCGAUCUCUGGCACAGGACAGAGAAAAGGCGAGACGAAAGAAGGAAGAGCAGGCCGAAAAGGAGAAGGCGGAGAGGGAAGAGCGGGAGAGGGAAGAGAGGAAGGCAGAUCAGGCACGCAAGCUUGCCCAAUGGCGGAGGUGGAGAGCACAGAGUAUACCGUCCGAGCCAGGUGCGGACGUCAAGGAUGCCGUGCGAAUGAGCCUACGAAUGCCGUCUGGCGAGCGUGUUGUACGCAAGUUCCGCCCUGAUGCCGCCCUGGAGGAGCUAUACGCUUUUGUGGAGUGUUACGACAGCCUGCAGGAGAUUUCGGAGAAGGAGGUUUCUGAACCCGAAGCAUUCGAGCAUGUCUACAAGUUCCGGCUAGUUUCGCCAAUGCCUCGAGAAGUGUAUGAUUUGGACACCCCAGGAAGCAUUCGGGAGAAGAUUGGCAGGAGCGGAAACCUCAUCGUAGAGAAGAUCAUCAAUGAGGAUGACGAGGAUGAGGAUGAUCAGGAGGAAGAGGCAUGA